AUGUCAGAAGGCCUCUACUCAGAAGAACUGAGGGCAGUGCCUCAGGACCAGCGACUACGGUCGGAAAGUCAAUGGAGAGUCUGGAUCGGCCACAUACGCUCAGCAGCUAUCUCUGAAGAUGUGUGGGACUAUCUGAAUCCAGAUCUUGCAGAAGAGAGCGUACGACAGGUUCCCGAGGCCGCCCGAGAGCCUCAACCUAGCAGUAUUCGCGAAGAUGUGGAGGAUGAGUUUGAACUCACAGAGAAGGAAUUUACCCAGUGGACUCGACGCAUUCAAGCCUAUGAUAGGCGUGAGGCUCAACGGGUGCGCCUGCUGAAGGUGAUGGCACGCAUGAACAGCCUAAUCACACGUUCUCUCGCAACCGAGUAUCACUAUCUCACAGUCGAUGAGGUUUCGCCGUAUCAGAAGCUUGUCAGGCUAGCUCGUGAAUUCAAGCCAAAGCCAGAGACCCGGACCGAAGAGCUUCGAGCUGCGUGGAGGGCCAUGAUCAAACAACCAACGAAUAACGUCAAUACAGAUCACUGGCUCACUCAGUGGACGAGUCUAUAUGAGGAAGCAAAGUGUGCAGAUGUGCCUGAUGUGGUAUACAGUGUCAAAUACGCUAUCCGAGACUUCCUGCGCGCUAUUCAGCCUAUAGAUGACGUAUUCUGUACCACGUGGCAGGAGAAAAUCCUCAUACACGAUAUAUCCUUCCACGACGUUAUCUCCGCAUACCGAACACGCCGUAAGGCUCUUGGACAGUCAGCGAAGAAGGGAUCGUCGAAGGUUGCACUUGCCACGCUAGAUGGUCAGCAUGAGGCUAAACCUGGUCAAAAUAAGUCAAAGCCAGCGGAGAAAACGUACCGUACACGGUGCCUGUGUGGUAAUGGUGCCCAUACGUAUCAGCAGUGCUAUUAUCUCAACAAAUCGCAGAGGCCAGAAGGCUGGAACCCGAACGAAGCUAUAGAGAAGAAGAUCCCUGAAUUCAUCAAGAGGAUGAGCCCCCAGGACCAGGAAGCCAUCGCAAAGCUUACCAAGGUCGAAUCAGCUCAGUUUGCAGCCUCAGAAGAUCAGCAGUCGUCCGAACAGAUUAUCUCUAUGUUUUCGCAUAAUCUUGCGGUACAAGCGGCGCAAGAGGGUGAUGAGUUUCCGCUAAAGGAUAGCUGGAUCGUCGAUACUGGCGCGAAUACUCACAUCAGCAACGAUCGUGACAGAUUCAUCUCAUUCACUCCUGCUGACUACACUGUCAUCACCGGAGACGCUUCUACAAGAAUCCAGGGCUUUGGAACGGUCAGACUGAACCUCACAGACCCCAAGACCGGAAAGAUCUCUAUCGGAGAGGUCUCGGACGUACGGUAUUCGCCAGGAUUCCACACGAACCUACUUUCGGCGUCGAGACUGAAGAGCAAGGGAUUCAUCAUGAAUAUCGAGUUACUGGCACUCGUUCGCCGCGGUCAGCCUAUUGCAAAGCUAGAGGAGAAAUGUGGGCUAUACGUACUCGAAUACCGGCCAAUUCCGGCUGGAUUCGCUACAAUCAAGCAUUCAGAAAAACCAUUAAUAUCCUCAGCCACCGCCGAGCGUUGGCAUCAACGCCUAGGUCAUGAUCAACGUAUCGAGAAACUUGCAGAACUCGUUGAUGGAAUCAAGAUCAUUGGUCAGCAUGUCGAUGAUGCUGCCGGCAAUCCUGAGAGAUGUGAAGUCUGUCAAAUGACUAGCGCAAAGCGCCAAAUCUCGAGAAGAGCUCAUGGAACCAAGUACGGCAGAUAUGGUCGAAUUCACUUUGACCUUGUGCAGAUAGAGACAGCAUACAACGAUGAUAAGUGGAUGACACACUUCUACCUCGAAGGGAUACGCCUACAUGCCGCCUCAACACACCAGAAGAAGAGUGGUUGUCAGGAUGCAGUCAAGAAUUUUGUCGCGUUUGCAAUAACACAAUUGAAGUUGCCAAUUCGAGUCUUCCGCUAUGACAACGAGCGCGCUGCCGGCCGCACGGUAGAAGACUUCCUCCGUGAAUGUGGCUUCAUCGUGGAACACAGUGUGGUGGGCACACCAGAGAUGAACAGCUUCGGUGAACGAUCUGGGGGGGUGAUAAUUGCGAGGGCACGAGCCUUACUGUUGGAAGCAGGCUUGCCGAAGGCUCUCUGGCCAGAAGCUGUUAAAGCAGCUGUAUACAUCAUCAACAGAUCGCCCACUAAGCUUCCAAACGGUCAGUGGAUUAUUCCGUACGCUGAGGCAACAGGAAUCGAUCACAUGCAGCCAAAACAACGCAUCAACCUCUCAAAUCUGCGGUUAUACGGAUGCCGCGCUUACGUGCGCCGCCAAGAUAUUCCAAAGAGCCACAAGAUGGAGCCGCGCGCGGAUAUCGGAUAUCUAGUAGGCUACACAGCCUCGAACAUCUGGCGAGUGUGGUUUCCGCACAGAGGAGCCGUGCGAGAAGUCAGGGACGUAGUAUUCGACGAGAAUCUACGAUAUGACCCCAAAGAACUAGUAAAGCCACCCAUUAGCGACGUAAUCGAAGCUAUGCCAUGGGAAAUCGGUGAAGAUGAGCAUGAGGACAUCGAGCAGCUCACACAGCGUGUCAGCCAGCCAGAAACAAACGAGCCAGCUAGUGAAAGCACUCAGCAGUCACCAGAAGCUAUACCGGACGUUCAACGCCAAGAAAAUGCCUUUGAACCACCGAAAUCACCAGGCCAACCUCAGCAGACGGUCACGCCGUCUCUAACACCCUCGGCAGAGCCACAGCUUCUGCCGGCGCCUCAGGCGCAGCAACCAUCUCAAGGAGCAUUUCCCGGGGAUCGAGGGCCCGCACAACAUGCGACAGCACGUCCAAGAGCACCAAGAGAUAUUGUGGGAGAUGUAUCGGACCAAAACAUCGUCUCUGGAGCACGGAAGAGGAAACCAGUGGACCAGGCAUUUACCGCCGCGCUAGAAGAGCCAGAGGACUAUCAUGAAGGUGUGUUAGCAGCGUUCGCAACAGGACUAAACGCUCCUCACCUUCAUAACCUCGUGCACCGCGAUGAUCUGCCUUCAGAGCCUCAGAACUGGAAGGAAAUGAUCAAUCAUCAAUAUCACAAGGGAUUUCUUGCUGCUGCAGGCCUUGAAAUUGACACACUCACUCGUAAAAACACCUUCGAGGUAGUACAGCGUCCAACGGACCGCAGUAUUCAGAUCCUACCUCUCAAAUGGGUCUUCACCUACAAGUUUGAUAGCAAUGGGUUCCUGAGCAAGCUGAAAGCGAGACUAUGCGUGCGAGGAGAUCUCCAGCGGAUGACGGCAGAAGAAAAGUACUCAGCGACUCUCGCAGCGCGAACCGCGCGUGCUGUAUUCGCCCUAGUUGCUGCAUUCGAUCUGGACACAUAUCAAUAUGAUGCUGUCAACGCAUUCCUCAAUAGCCUACUAGAUGAGGUUGUAUACGUCUCAUUACCACCAGGGUUUGAGAAAGAUGGUAAGGCCAAGUGCUGGAAGCUUCUUAGAGCUCUAUACGGCCUACGAAAAUCUCCACGCCUAUGGCAACGAGAAGCGUCUAAGAUCUUCACAUCUCUAGGCUUGCAGGUAGUGCAGGAAGAUAUUUGCCUCUUCGCAGCGGACGGCAUCAUGGUGUUCUUCUAUGUUGACGAUAUCAUCAUUGUAAAUCAUUCUUCAAAGCAUGCAGCAGCCAAACAUCUGAGAGAAGAGCUCAACAGACACUGGGAGCUUCGAGAUAUGGGAGAGGCGCAGUGGUUCCUCGGGAUACGCAUUAUCCGUGACAGACAACAGAUGGCCCUAUGGCUCUGUCAGGAUUCAUAUAUAUCCUCGAUGGCUCACCGUUACCAUCUUACUGGAUCUCGCAGAUAUGAUACACCACUCCCUAGUACCCCACUCAAGCCAUUUGACGGCCAGGCGACGCCUCAACAGAUUCACGAGUACCAGGAGAAGGUUGGCUCAGCUCAAUAUGCAACGACGAUCACUAGACCGGACUCAGCGAAAGCGACGGCUACACUGGCUCAAUUCCUCACAAACCCCGGUCCUCAGCACCUUGAUGCAAUCAAUAGAGUCAUCUCGUACCUUGACAGCACUCGGACAUCGGCGAUCGCGUACAGAGCGCGUGAUCGAUCACAGAAAAAUUGUCAGAUACCGGAGGCCGUUCAGUUCUUUAGUGACGCCUCAUUCGCUGAUAAUCCCGAUCGAAAAAGCUCUGAAGGAUACACAUGUAUGAUGUUUGGAGGACCUGUCGAUUGGAAAGCUAGCAAGCAGCGUACGGUGACUACCAGUACAACCGAAGCUGAGCUCCUUGCGGUUUCAGAAGCUGCCAGGACCGUGGCCAUGUGGAAACGGCUAUUCAAAGCAAUACGCUUCGAUCCUGAGCAUGAGCUAAACAUCAAAUGCGACAAUCAGCAGACUAUCGGGAUCCUCGAAAAAGAAACACCUCAACUGCGCACGAAGCUCCGUCAUGUUGACAUACACCAGCACUGGCUCCGGCAGGAGGUUCAGAGCAAGCGCAUCACCGUACACUGGGUGAAAACCGCCGAUAUGCUUAGACGCGCAGGCAGUAUAUUCCUCUUGGUUGCAUUUACAAUUGCGCACUCCCUCGAACGUCCCCGGACAGAUGGAGCUCUCCCUCGAGAUUUUGCUGGUCGAAGCAGCGACUCAUAUAUUGCUACGCUGGGGGGCAGCGGGGAAGGAUGGCCUUCGGUGAGCCAAUGGAUUCCGUUUAUGGAGAUGUCCCAGAAUAAUAAGGCCAUCAUAAAGGCUGGCUGUGUGCAAUUUGGCGCCAAUAAAGUCUCGGAUGAGGAAAUGUCUGAUCUUUUAUCAAGUAUUCAGUCCGUAGCUACGUCUAGCGGCGUGGACGCGCGCUUAAUUCUUGCGAUUGUAUUACAGGAAAGUAACGGCUGUGUUCGAGUAGGAACCACCAACAAUGGCGUGAGCAACCCAGGUCUCAUGCAGAGCCAUGGCGGCAUUGGCUCUUGCGGUAACAACAAAAAGUCCCCUUGCCCCAAAAGCAUAAUUCUACAGAUGAUUAAAGACGGCACGGAAGGCACAUCCUCAGGAGAUGGCCUUAAACAAUGCUUGGUCAAGAAUGGUGGAAGUGGAGCGACCGCCUACUAUCGGGCCGCUCGCUGCUACAAUUCGGGUUCGGUUGCCACAUCUGGAAACUUGGGACAGGGUGGUUCGACGCACUGUUAUGCCUCGGAUGUAGCGAACCGCCUUCUGGGAUGGUCAUCAGGACCGAGUACAUGCAAUGAGGCCACGGUUGGCAGUCUCAGUGAUACCCAGUCAGCUGGUAGCUCAUCUAUCGACGUAACAUCUUUGUUCAAACCUACUUCUGUCCCCGCCAAGAAAUUUACUCACUCUACUUUGUCUUCCUUAGUUACCACUCAGUACUUCUCUAAUAUUGCCCAAUGGGAGCCAUCCACAGCGUCAACGGGCAAGCACUUCUCUACAUCGUGCUCGUGGCCCAGUUCCAUCACUACAGCCGCGGUCUACCCAUAUACCAUCGCGACCUGCCUUCAGUAUGCUACUGUUGGCUCCGACGACUACUGUCAGAAGAUUGAGACAGCGUAUGGCAUCUCAGCAGUUCAGCUCAGAGACUGGAAUCCAGGCUUGGACGAGGCUUGCACGAAUCUUUGGUGUGGAUAUAGAUACUGCGUAAAAGCCUAG